AUGUUACUUCUCAUGCUAGGGCGUUGGUCCAUACAGCUGAGGCACAGCCUCAUUUGCUUCUACAGCAGUAAAAUUUAUGAUGACAACAAAAAACGCAGUGAUUCGGUUGUUCAGUUUGAACUCAGUGAUGGUGAUGGUCGUAUUUUUGUGUCUGUUAAGUCUGAGAAUGCAUCACUCUACUGUCUCAUUAAAGUUUUUAAAGUAACAUCAAUUUUAUUUAUCACACAGAGAGCAGUUACAGUGCACCCCUGGCAGCGUGACGUCCUGGACAGCCACCUCGCCGGCGGCCGCGGAGAGGGCCGCAACGGCUUGGUGAUUGCACCGACCAGUGGGGGCAAGACCAUGGUCGCCAUCAUCCUUGCUCUCGACACUCUAGGAGGUGGCGGCCGAGCUGCGCCUCCUGGUGGCAAAGCUCAUCCGGCGGGAGGCCCCCACCUGCUUCUCCGUGGAAGAGACGCGGGCGCCAAGGGCAAGCUGCCGCCGCCGGCCAGGGUCACCACCUCCUUCAGGACGGCCAGCAUCCUCUACGUGUGCACCAUGGAGAAGGCCAACAUCGUAUGGAGGCACUUUGCCAAGAGCACGCCACCAGUCCGAUUCGGCUGCCUCGUCCUUGACGAACUGCAAAUGCUUGGUGACGACACGCGCGGCGGCAUCUACGAGGAGCUCGCCUCGAUCGUGCUCUUCUGGUCCGGGGCCUCCACGCGCAUCUUGGCCCUCUCCGCCACUGUGGGCAACCAGGACGUCCUCGCCGCCUACCUCGGGGGUGGCAAGCCCGACGGCUGUGUAAAACCCGUGACUCCGGGCAAGCACAGACCUAAGCCUGACGACACUAAGCGCGAGAAGGUGUAUGGUAGUUGGGUUUGGACAGCAAUCCGUCACAAAGUCCACAUGUUCUACCGACACAAGAUUCCGCCGACGGCCAAGCGCAUCCUGGCUGCGGUGAAGGCCGACCCUUUGCUCCCCAGCAACUUCACCCUGCGCACCAUGCAGCGCAUACUGCGCGACAUUGGCUUCAGGUACAUGAGGCGCAGCCGGAAGAGCAUUUUGUUGGAGCGAGAAGAACUUAUUGUCUGGCGACGGGAUUAUCUCAUCAAAAUGAAACAAUUUCGGCGGGAAAAACGCAACAUUGUGUAUCUUGACGAAAGCUACGUUAACCAGAGGUACACUACGUCGCACGCAUGGUACGACACUGGCAUCCAAUCGUACCGCGACGUGUACCGGGAGGGCCUAACUUCUGGUCCGAACACGCCAUCAGGAAAAGGUGGCAGAUUUGUUUUAUUGCAUGCCGGUAGUGCGUCAGGCUUUGUGAGUAAUGCAAAGCUUGUUUUUGUCGCCACCAAAGCAAAGCGCGUCGCAGGUGGAACACAUCAUGAUGAAAUGUGUGCGAAGCGCUUCACCAAAUGGUUUAAAGAGCAACUAAUGACAAAUAUCCCAGCCAACUCUGUUAUCGUGAUGGACAAUGCGUCCUACCAUUCUGUUUUGAAGGAUCGGGCGCCAACGAUGGGCGACCUCAAGAAAGACAUUGUAGCAUAUAUGGUUGACAAGAAUAUUCCCUGCGAUGAGAAAAAGCAGACGAAAGCUGAAAUGAUAGCAGUAAUUAAGGAAAGGGGCAUUCAAAAACGGUACGAAAUCGACGAGCUGGCAAAUAGUCAUGGGCACACAGUGCUCAGGCUACCCCCAUAUCACUGUGAGCUUAAUCCUAUUGAACUGGUCUGGGGUUCGUCGUAA